AUGAACGGCCUGCUUCAGCUGAGCCUGGCCCUGGCGCUCUGCGCUCUCUUGGCCCCCUCCAGCAGUCUGGCCGAGCGUCGCCUGGGCUACCGCCUAAGCCACCGCGUCUCCGACCCGCAGGCCGAGGCUCGCUUCACCACGGCGAUCGCCAACAAGCUCACGGCGCUGAAGACUAGCACCACCACCACCACUACAGAAGUCACGACAACACCCUCAACCACACCCACCAGUUCCACCACGUCUACCUCAAGCCCUACGACCCCUACCACAUCCACCACCAGCGCCACCACAACCCCAACCACCACCACUGCCACCAGACGCGCCUUCGGCUCCGGGCCCGAGGCACCAGAGGAAGAUGCGGAUCUGGAUGAUGAGCUGGCCCGCUCCUUUGACGAGGAAGAGGACGACGACGAUGAGGAGGACGGUGCCGGCCUGGAGGCUGGCGGCGACGACGAUGAGGAUGAGGACUACUACAUGCUGGGCUCCGGGGCCCAGCCACAGCAGGCGGAGGUCUCCGCCACCGUUGCCAACUCCGGGGCCGUGGUGAGACCCACGGAAAUGCAGUGGCGCCAGUUCCAGGCUGCGCAGCGCAACCGGCGUCGCAUCCAACGCCUGCAGCGGGAGCACAACCAGCGCAUCCGCGGCCUGCUGCGUCGCCAGCGCCAGCAGCAGAGGCGCACCCAGCAGCGGCUGCGCCGCCAGCGGCAGCAGAAUCGUCGUCGGAACUCGCAGCGGCAGCGCCGCAACAGGAACCGCUCUCAGGCGCAGCGCCAGCGCCGCCGGCAGAACAAUGCCGCCCGUCGCCGUCGCCAGCAGCAGCAGCGUCGUCGCCGGCAGCAGCAGCAGCAGCGCCGCCGUUUCAUGCGGCUCCUGCGCCGUCGUCGUGGACGUCGUGUCUAG